AUGGAUCGCUUGCCGCCUGCUACACCGAACACGUGCCAACUAAGUGUUCCAACGGACGCUUCGGCAUGGUUUUACAAUUAUCCACCGGGCGUCCGCAAUAGUUCUACGCAGUUUCCGAACACAUCGACUAGCUGUACUCAACAGGACAGUGUUUAUACAAUUCCACAGCCACGUGUGCCGGCAUCAGGUUUCCCAAGUGCAAGUGUGAAUUUUCCACCCGAAUCAGUGACUGUACAAAUCGAGCCGGACGCUCAAGACAGGAGAGUUCAUAUUUCUGCCGGAACUCCUGAUUUUGCACCAACCCCCCCUACACCACCAGCGUCCGCUUUACGAGUGUUUCCGACGGCACACACCGUUCCUGCCGCGUGUGUUGCACAAACAUUAGGUGAUUUUAACUAUUUUAAUGCACCUGUAGGGGAGGGGCCCGGAAACUGUAUUCCGUCGUUCGCCGCACAUCGGUCGACUACGGUCGAUUCUACCGCGCCGGUCCAUUCUACGCCCGUGGGCGUUGCUCCGUCGACCGAUCGAUUCGUUGAUUUCUCAACCAAGGUCGAGCCAGCCGCGCCUACCGUGCCGCGUGCCACUGACAGUGGCGGAAGCUGGUGCACCGCUACUGCACCCGAGACAAUUACGUUGCAGAACUAUGGACAGGGAGAGACAGUUUCUGAUAAACAUUUAUGUCAAGACUUUCCCAUCCUCAACACGGGGGCCGAGGUUAGUGUGAUACCUUUGUCCGCAGGUAUUAAAUUCAAGCUUCAGCCUUGCCCCCCGCUUCGAGCCGCCAAUAAUUCCCUGAUCCGCUCUCAUGGAAUAACGAAUUUAAGCCUUAAACUGCAGGUCAUUAAUACGCCCUUACAGUGGACUUUCGUUAUCGCGGAUGUGGCUGAACCCGUGCUUAGGGUAGAUUUUCUCUUAGCCCACGCACUGUCACCCAACCUACAACGAGGUACACUAACCUUUAACUCGGGAGACCGCACCACCGGUUCAGAUAUCUUACCCCUCUCAUCCGAAAGCACCAUUCUGCUGUGUGAGCUAGCGGAAACUGCUGUUGCAGUGCUUUCUCUUAGAUCACACAACGACGAACUUCGGGACAGCAAUGGGGCCCUCCGCUUGCGCAUCGCCGCCGUGCAAGCCAAGCUCACGGACGCGCGUAAGCAGACCGCCCAGCUGUCGCACACGGCCACGCCCCCAACCCCUGCACCUCUUCCUUGCAACUGCAGCCGACGCCGCGUGACAUUUCUACUGCCGGACGGAAGCUGUACCCGCGACGCUACCAGGUACCCCACCGAGCUCUUCGACAAGGACUACCAGUGGAUCACCGCCACUGCUGCUGAACUGCCGGCCUUGGACACACACACGUGUGCAUUACAGGUUAGUCACAGUGCAACGGGUGCUGGUCCAGUAUACCCAUCGGUGUUCGCGAUCAAUAACGGAACUUUUAGAUAA